AUGUUAAAGGCUGGAUUUCAAGAUGUGGUUUCUGAGGCAUGGAGGAAAUUCAGAGGUUAUGGAAACGGUGAUGCUUUCUUGACGGCGAAAUUGCGUUUCUUAAAGAAGGAAAUUAAGAAGUGGCGAGAAACCGCCUUUGCUUUGGAAAACAAAGAACUAGAAGAGUGCAGGAAUUCCAUUGCACAGCUUGAUACUUUGGCGGAAUCCAGAGAUUUAUGGCCUCAUGAAUUGGGGAAAAGAACCAACUGUGUAAAAAGGAUUACAGAAAUUGAAAGGAUGGCUGCAAUGGAUAUGAAACAAAUGGCAAAGGUAAAAUGGGUGACUGAUGGAGAUGAAAACACUUCUUUCUUCCAUGGUUAUGUAAAUAAUCAUAAUAGGAGGAACAAAAUUCAUGGUUUGACUAUUAAUGGUCAGUGGGUGACGUGUCCUGAUGCUAUAAACGGUGAGAUCCUCCAAUUCUUCUCUAAGAAAUUUGAAGAAAAAUGGAUGAGUCGACCAAAAAUCAGAAGCAACAGAUUUAAAACGCUCUCUUCAGAGGCGAGCUCUGCUCUUGAGCUUCCUUUCUCAGUUGAGGAAAUUAAGAACGCAAUUUAG